GCCGUCGCUGCCUGAGGGAGAAGAAGAAGGAGGAGGAGGAGGAGCGGGCGGUGCGCGAGCCGGCCGCGGAGGAGGUGGAGGCGGCGUGAGGGAGGCGAAGCCGCGGCCGAGUGACCGAACCGGAGGGGGGGGGUCUCGAGUGGGCCGUUUGGGCUCGAGGAGGGUGUGGCGGCCGAGGCGCAGCGACGGUGCCGGCUGGGUCGGGAAGAUGGCGGCGGCGGUGGCGGCAGCGGCGGCGGCGGCGCCGCCUGUGAACCUGCGGCUGGGAGACUUGGUGUGGGGGAAGCUGGGGCGGUAUCCUCCUUGGCCAGGAAAGAUUGUUAACCCACCCAAGGACCUGAAGAAACCACGUGGGAAGAAGUGCUUCUUUGUGAAGUUUUUCGGAACUGAAGACCACGCUUGGAUUAAAGUAGAGCAGCUGAAACCUUACCAUGCCCACAAAGAAGAAAUGAUCAAAAUUAACAAAGGCAAGAGGUUCCAACAAGCUGUGGAUGCUGUGGAAGAAUUCCUCAAGAAAGGAAAAGGCAAGGACCAGGCGUCUUCUCAUAACUCCGCUGAAGAGAAGAACCGGCGUAAUUCCAGUGAAGAGAGGGGGAAGCAGUCAGUGGGAGAGGAGAAACACAAAGCGGGGUUGUCAGAAAGGAAGCCGAAAAAACGAGCGUCUUCCGUGUCCUCUGAGCGAGGCUCGAAACCCCCCCUGAAGAGAAUGUACAAGCAAAGCCCCCGGAAGCGAGGGCGCCCACCCAAAGACGAGAAGGACACGACAAUUCCUGAGUCAAGCACAGUGAAGAAAAUGAUGACCGGCACCAUGGCUGGCUUUAAGUGGCCACAGAGUGUAAGCGAGCCUGUGAAAGAUGGUGACCCUCAUUUCCAUCAUUUCCUGCUUAGCCAAACUGAAAAGCCAACAGUUUGCUAUCAGGCCAUCACAAAGAAGCUGAAGGUGUGUGAAGAGGAAACCGGGUCCACGUCUAUCCAGGCAGCAGACAGCACAGCUAUCAAUGGCAGCAUCACUCCUACAGACAAGAAAAUCGGAUUCCUUGGUCUCGGCCUGAUGGGAAGCGGCAUUGUCUCCAACUUAAUAAAAAUGGGCCACACUGUCACGGUCUGGAAUCGGACCGCCGAGAAGUGUGAUUUGUUCAUCCAGGAGGGGGCCCGGUUGGGAAGAACCCCCGCUGAAGUAGUCUCAACCUGCGAUAUCACUUUUGCCUGCGUAUCUGAUCCAAAAGCAGCCAAGGAUCUGGUGCUUGGUCCCAGCGGAGUGCUCCAGGGCAUCCGUCCAGGGAAAUGCUACGUGGACAUGUCAACCGUGGAUGCAGACACUGUUACGGAAUUGGCUCAGGUGAUUGUCUCCAGAGGUGGUCGCUUCCUGGAAGCCCCAGUCUCAGGGAACCAACAGCUAUCCAAUGAUGGGAUGCUGGUGAUAUUAGCAGCUGGAGACAGAGGCUUAUACGAAGACUGCAGUAGCUGUUUCCAGGCAAUGGGAAAGACUUCUUUCUUCCUAGGAGAAGUAGGCAAUGCUGCCAAGAUGAUGCUGAUCGUGAACAUGGUCCAAGGAAGCUUCAUGGCCACAAUAGCAGAGGGACUGACUUUGGCUCAGGUCACCGGUCAGUCCCAGCAGACCCUUCUGGACAUCCUCAAUCAGGGACAGCUGGCCAGCAUCUUCCUGGAUCAGAAGUGCCAAAAUAUCCUGCAAGGAAACUUCAAACCCGAUUUCUACCUGAAAUACAUCCAGAAGGAUCUCAGAUUAGCCAUUGCACUAGGCGAUUCUGUUAAUCAUCCAACUCCCAUGGCAGCUGCAGCCAAUGAGGUCUACAAACGGGCAAAAGCGUUGGACCAGUCUGACAAUGACAUGUCUGCUGUGUACAGGGCCUACAUCCACUAGGCUACCUUCUUCUAAUUGUUAAUACUAUGAUUAAUUAUAACGAUGAAUACUGGGUUUUAACUCUGGACCAGUCCAUCUUUGUCUCUCUGUGUCCUCUCCCCCUAUUCCCACCAACAAUUUUCUUUCUUUUCUUUUCUUUUUUUCUUUUUGCUUUCCCUUUUUAAUACAGAAAAAAAACACCUCUUUUGAGAUCUGCCACAAGGACAGUUGCUACAGUAUGCCUUCCUGUGCCAGCUAGCUGCAGCAGCAGCAGUAGAAGAGAUUGGACCACAGAUCUCUUACCACCCCUUGGGAGUCAUAGAAUGAAAUAGCGCCCCCCCGCCCCAACAAUGCUGCUUGGCUUUAAUCCCGAUUGUCAUUGUAUUUGUGUCCCUGGGCAUUUUAAGUUCUUUCCAGCUGCUGUUUCAAUGAUUUGCUGUGGAGAUAUAUAUAUAUACACCCAGGUAAAGGAACAUCCGUUUCUCAGCUUUCCUGACUGCGCAAGAGAACCCUACAUAUGUAUGUAUGUAUGUAUGCAUGUAUGUAUGUAUGUAUGUAGGGUUCUCUUGUGCAGUCAGGACAGUUGAGAAACGGAUGUUCCUUUACCUGGGUGGUUUUGACAAUUGGGGUAGGAUUCUAGCACACCACUUUCCUUGGAGAAAAAGAUUAGAACAAAAGGUGCUGGGGUGGGGUGGGGUUGUUAAAUUAAUAGCGCCUGGCCACAGUUCCCUAACCCAAGAAGAGGGAUUUGCAUCCAAGCCUUCUCCAUGGAAACAGCUUUUGUAAAUGAGAGAAUCUGUCUUUUGCUUAAUUCCAAUUCAAAAUGAGCCUCUGAUAAUGCGGGAUGCCUCUACAGGCUCUUGAUUUCCCAAAUGGUUUAUCCAUUCUGAAGGCAUCCGUAAAGGCUGUGAUUCACAGAAUGGGCAUUGAUUAAAAAAAAAGAGAGAGACAGAGAGAGAGAAGGUGGUAGAACUUCUAGAAUCCUCUUCAGGUUCAACUUGGAGAAUCAGCACCCUGAAUGAUUUGGGUCUUUAGUGUUGCCCACUAAUCAGAAAAACAGAUAAUUCGAUAUAAAGAAUUUGACUUCCAUGUUUUUCUGAACAACUGAUGAUGCUCAUAACAUGAAGUAGAAAUCCUGUUUGCAAGUCACAUAAUGGAAGAUUCAGCAAGCUAGGGACCGAUACAGCUGAAUUCUUUGCUGAAAUGACACAAGUAGAAUACAGGAACACAUCAGCAUAUUCCAACAAAAUUGUGAUGGUUUUUUUCCAGCCUUAAAAGUCAGUAUUAAUCUUGAGAGAAAGCCCUUUGCUCAAACUUGGAAUGCAUACAUCAGAAAGGGUUGGAGACAAUUCUGGGUUCAUGCAGAGACUUUCACAUUUGCCUAAACCACGGGUCUCCAACCUUGGUCCCUUUAAGACUUGUGGACUUCAACUCCCAGGGUCCCUCGGCCAGCUUUGUUGGCUGAGGGACUCUGGGAGUUGAAGUCCACAAGUCUUAAAGGGACCAAGGUUGGAGACCCCUGGCUUAAACAGGGCUCCAAAAUUCAGCACCCAGAUCCUAGUCCGCUUAAUGGUGCAUUUCAGAUCUUGCCAGUAUUUAAACUUUCAAGAUGCAAAUGUGACAUCCAUCUCUUUGAACCUUGGGUUGGUCUCCAGGCUAUGUGGAUCUGCUGGCCCAUUCUGAGUGCAGGCAUAGAAGACUCAAAGAGGUUUAGUUGAUCUAUUAAAAAGUUUAGUUGAUCUAUUAAAAGAGUAGGCCUCUUGCUACAGCACAUAUUCCUUAUAUAGGUUUCCUUUCCUUCUGUGGUACAGACAAUCCUUAAAAAACGGACAUUGGUUUUUGUCCCUAUCCAGGGGUUUGAUAAUAGGUCCCAAUAGCUAUCUGCCUGCUUUUUCCCACAGCAAAGUGUAUCUUGCUAAUGGAAAUGAACUCCUUGCGAGUAAGUGAAGCUUUUAAGGACAACUAGUAUCCGUCAGGAAGAGCAGAUGGAUCUGGGGGGAAGAUGACCUCAUUCAAGAUGGUUGCUCUUAAGGCAGCAAAUUACACCAGGAAGCUACUCUUCCAAAAGACCUUCUAAAGCAGGGAUUCCAACCUUGGCUACUUUUUUUAAGACCUAUGGACUUCAGCUACCAGAAUUCCCCAGCCAGCAUUGUUAGGGAAUUGAAUUCUCGGAUUUGAAGUCCAUCGGUCUUAAAGUUGUACACCUGUUCUAAAAGAUUUGUCAGGAAGAGGACAGGGAGAUCCUCCUGAGAUUUUGUGAGAACCUUGCAGAACUUGAACAGAAAUAGUUCCCAUUUUAUUUUGCCUCCCUAGCAAAAAAUUUUUUUUAAAAAAUCCAAAUGGAACUAGGAACUCCAUUCAAUCUCUCUUAUCUUGUGGUUUCUCUGUCGGAGAGAGCAAAUAUCUACUGAAGGGGUGCAGUCCUUUCUGCAGGACUGCAGGGUUGUGAUACCCAAAGCUGGGGGGGAGGCAACAGUUCAAAAGGCUAACAAGAGCUUGGAACUACUGGCUCAUCUCAUGCCUUUUUUUAGAAGGACACCCUUGUUUUCUUUCAUUUGCAGCCAAACAGUAGUUUAUGUAAACUGGGUUUUUGUGGCAUCCAAUUUUAUGGGUCAAAGUGUAUCCAUUAGUCUUACCAGUUUUACAUUUGCAAUAUUUUUGCUGGUUUUAAGGUGCCAUGGGACCCCUUUUCCUACUCAAGCCUUUCCUCCUCCGAGAGCCAGCUUUGAUCAAUUCUCAUUUGGGGGGCGGGGUGUCCUUAAAAUCGGAACUGGGACAGUGGCGCAGGAGGGGGGAAGCGUUUGUUACAAGAGAAUAUGAUGGAACUGGCUUUAGUCAUUGUUGUCUUAAUAUUGUUGACAAUACUGUAAAGUUUCUUUUUUUAAAAAAAAUGGGAUUUCUGUUUUAGCAGUUGCUUUUUUUGUUGUUGUUCCCUCCUUUUUCAAGAUAAAAAAGAUAUUUACACUUGUGGAGAGCUUGUAAGAAAAAAAAAGCUGUUUCUUUUAAUUCCUUCUACCUUUGAUGAAUGAUCUAUAGGUAAUUAAGGUUGUGAAUUUUUAUUUUUCAUUUUUUGCCUUGUUUUUAAUUAAUGUUUUGUCAUUCAGAUAGGAUGUGUGGUGAUGAUUAAAUGGCAAACACAGACAAAAUGAUUUUUUUUUCUUGUGCAAUUAACAAAGCUACUGGCAAAAGGAAAUAAAACUUUUCUUGGUAACACAAUGCGA